CACUCAUGUGUGCCGACUGUCGUUGCUUGCGUGUGGUUUCUUCUUUGAUCUGAAUGUUUAUAGGUUAUUUGUGACAUUUUUCAUGUUACAUUUUUAAAGAUUUUAAAUAUCUUGUUUAAACAUGUGAAACGUUUACGUUUUCUUUUAUUUUUAAAUAGAAAAUAAAUGAACUUAAGUUAACUACCUGGAAAAUAAUGAUGCAAUCUGUUCCAGAAAAUAUAAACUUCUCUCAAGAAGAAGAAAAAAUUCUUGAACUUUGGAAGCAGUGGGAUGUUUUGAAAACUUGCUUAAAACAGUCUAAAGGUAAACCACGCUAUACUUUCUACGAUGGCCCACCUUUCGCUACUGGUUUGCCACAUUAUGGCCACGUGCUUGCAGGAACUGUGAAAGACAUUGUGACAAGGUAUGCCCAUCAGCAAGGUUUUCACGUAGAGCGUAGAUUUGGGUGGGAUUGUCAUGGGUUACCCGUGGAAUUUGAAAUAGAUACCGCCCUGGGAAUUAAAGGACCCCAAGAUGUUGCCGCAAUGGGCAUUGAUAAGUACAAUAGCGAGUGCCGUAAGAUAGUGAUGCGGUACGCGAAUGAGUGGGAGAUGAUAAUAGGUCGUCUGGGUAGGUGGAUCGACUUCAAGAAUGACUACAAAACACUUUAUCCCUGGUACAUGGAGUCCAUAUGGUGGGUUUUCAGCCAGUUGUUCUUGAAAGGAUUGGUAUAUCAAGGGGUUAAGGUAAUGCCUUUCUCGACCAGUUGUAACACACCACUUUCUAAUUUUGAAGCUGGACUGAACUACAAGGAGGUUGUCGACCCGGCUGUUAUUGUAGGCUUCCCGUUGCUUGAGGACAGCAAUGUCUUUCUUAUUGCAUGGACCACUACACCGUGGACACUCCCCAGCAAUCUGGCACUGUGUGUCAAUGGCAACUCUGACUAUGUCAAAGUGAAAGAUUCAAAAACUGGGAAGUUAUUUAUUUUGAUGGAAGUGCGCCUUGGAAUUUUGUAUACCAAAGAAGAUCAAUACUCCGUAAUUGAUAAAUUUAAAGGUAUUUAUUUGAAAGGAAAGAAAUAUAAACCACUCUUUCCUUAUUUUGAGAACUAUGCCUCUAAAGGAGCAUUUGAGGUACUUGUUGACAGUUACGUUACUGAAGAUGCUGGUACGGGCAUUGUUCAUCAAGCUCCUUAUUUUGGUGAAGAUGAUCACCGUGUUGCCCUUGCUGCAGGCAUCAUUACACGAGAUCAAAAGAUGAUAUGUCCUUUGGAUGAGUGUGGCUGUUUCACAGAGCCUGUUACAGAUUUCUUAGGCCAAUACAUCAAAGAUGCUGAUAAGAACAUCAUAAAAUAUCUGAAAGAUAAAGAUUUACUGGUAAACAGUUCAACAACUAAGCAUAGCUAUCCAUUUUGUUGGAGAUCAGAAACACCUUUGAUCUACAGAGCUAUUCCGUCUUGGUUCAUUCGUGUGCAGCAGAUGUGUGAUGAUCUUCUUAGGAACUCUCAAAGUACACAUUGGGUGCCAGAGUUUGUGAAGGAGAAACGAUUUGGAAAUUGGUUGCGUGAUGCACGAGACUGGGCAGUGAGUCGCAACCGAUACUGGGGUACGCCCAUCCCGCUUUGGGUCUCGGAGGAUGGAGAAGAAGUUGUUGUAGUUGGAAGCAUUGCCGAACUUGAACAGCUAACAGGACAGUUGGUGAAAGAUUUGCAUCGCGAAAGCAUAGAUCACUUGACAAUCCCAUCGGCUCGUCCGGGAAAACCACCUUUGAAACGAGUUCCUGAAGUGUUCGACUGCUGGUUUGAAUCUGGAUCUAUGCCGUAUGCCCAGCUCCACUACCCUUUUGAACACAGGAAGGAUUUUGAGGAUUACUUUCCUGCAGACUUCAUAGCUGAAGGUAUUGAUCAAACUAGAGGCUGGUUUUACACAUUGCUUGUAAUUUCUACUGCUCUGUUCAACAAGCCACCUUUCAAGAAUCUGAUUGCGCAUGGCUUGGUCCUUGCUGGUGAUGGACAAAAGAUGUCUAAAAGAAAGAAAAACUACCCAGAUCCUGUUGAAGUUGUAACAAAGUAUGGAGCUGAUGCAUUACGACUGUACCUCAUCAAUUCUCCUGUGGUGAGGGCAGAGAAUUUGAGGUUUAAGGAGGAAGGGGUUCGUGAUCUCUUGAAAGAUGUGUUUUUGCCAUGGUACAAUGCCUACAGGUUUCUUGCACAAAACCUAACCCAGAAGUUAAAGGAAGGUAUGCAGUUUACGUUUGACGAAGCAGUUGCUGUCAAAGAUGUAUCCGAGAAUGUAAUGGACAGGUGGAUACUUUCCUUUAUACAGUCACUACUGCUGUUUGUUAAGACGGAGAUGGCAGCCUAUCGUCUGUAUACAGUUGUACCCAAGCUUGUUAAGUUCAUUGACCACCUUACCAACUGGUAUGUGCGAAUGAACAGGAAACGUUUGAAAGGCGAGGGUGGUCCAGAUGACUGUCGCAAUGCUCUAACCACGUUAUUUCAUGUUCUUUUUGCGAUGGUUCGCACAAUGGCACCAUUCACACCAUUUAUUACAGAGCUGAUGUACCAAAACCUGAAGCAUCUUGUAGUUUAUCAUGAUUCAAAGGAAACCACAACAAGUGUCCACUAUUUAAUGCUGCCAGAGCCAAGUAUUUCUUUGAUUGAUGAAGACAUAGAGAGAGCUGUCUCCCGAAUGCAGUCUGUGAUUGAACUGGGGCGAGUGAUUCGAGACAGGAAAACUAUCCCGAUAAAGUACCCACUUCCAGAAGUCGUGGUCAUACAUGAGGAUGAACAGUGUCUCAAGGACAUAAGAUCCCUGGAGAAGUACAUCCUGGAUGAGUUGAAUGUCCGUAAAGUCACGCUUACCAAAGAAAAACAGAAGUAUGGCGUGUGUCUGAGAGCAGAACCCGAUCAUAAGACACUUGGUGCAAGACUGAAAGGAGAAUUUAAAGCUGUAACAGCAGGAGUAAAAGCAUUGUCAGACAGGGAUGUACAGACGUUUCUUUCGCAAGGAUUCAUUGAUGUCCUGGGGCACAGACUGGAACCUGCAGACCUGCGGAUAAUGUACAGUUUCACCGGAGCUGCCGCAGAGGAUCUAGCACAGCGAUACGAGGCACACUCGAACGACUUCCUCAUCAUGAUGGAUGUGACGCCAGACGACACCAUGCAGGAUGAGGGGAUCGCGAGGGAAUUGAUCAACAGAGUGCAGAAGCUUCGUAAGAAAGCUCAUCUCGUUCCCUCUGACGAGGUCACCGCAUACUACUCCAUCAGUCCCAGAGACGGGCAGCUUGAACGUGUUGCUGUCUCUCAUGCAAGUUUCAUUGAGAACGUGGUGAAGGGCCCGUGGCGGCGUUGCGAGGAUCAGCCAGCCCGGUCUCUCAUCAUUGCAGAGGAAACGCAGGUGGUGAAAGGUAAUGAACUGAAGCUUGUUUUGGUGAAAGGCUUUCCAUCCGAUUACGUUUCAUGCAACCCAGGGAAGAGACAGGUGGAACCUUUCUGUCGCUACGUCAACAUCCAGCUGUGCGAGAACCUGCAGCCGAGGUAUGGAGCGAAGGGCCGCAUGGCCACCGUAUUGCUAGAGAAUCCAGUAGGCGAGAACCUCCUGUCUCUCAGCCAGCUUCAAAAAGAGGCUGAAGUGGUAUUUGGUCUGUAUGGACAGAAUUUUGAACUCCAGCAUGGUGAUGGAAAAAGUGAACUGAAAAACCAGCUAGAUAUUGACUCCCUUCAUAAGAAGACUGUUCUUAUAGCAAAAAUAGGGGAAGAGAAUAGGAUAAAGCCUUCUCAGGAUGUGCCGUCCUCAAAAUUUGUAAACGUAGAUUGUGGAAGGAAGAAGGCGACAUUGUUGCUCGAAAAUCCUGCUGGAGACUUUUCUUUGGAGUCGGACGUGGUUGCUGUUACAAAGUUACUAGGCCGUGUGUACGGUGUGCCAGCGAAAUGUGUGGACUUGGGGACAAUGUCAACAAAUGGUCAUAAGUUUGAAGUCACGGAUGAGCCACUUGUUUUUGAGAUUAAAUAAGUGACUCUGCUGAGUAAUUCACUGUGCAUACAAGUUUUAAUCCAUAAGUUUGUUUUACUAACCCUCUCUUUUAGACCUUUCAACACUGGGUGUUCUUUUAUGUUCUGGAAACAGUAUGACAGCUGUUUGUGUUACUCAUCAAGUCUAGAUGCUUCCGUGUAAGUGGAGUCAUGCUCUCAAAGUUCCUCUCGAGGAAGUGAGGUGCUAGGUGUUUUGGCACAAAUGUCUACUUCUGCAUUUUCAAAAUGUUUGGUAUAUUGUAAUUUUUUAGGACAAUGAGUAGCUUAUUUAUCACUUUAAUAAAGCAAUGAGGAUCAUCUUUUAGUAUAAUUUUUUUUAAAUAAUGUUUUUGUUAACAUUUAUUUAUUUAAUUACUACACGUUAUGUGAAGCAUAUCCUUGUAGAUGGAUCUAAUGUAAACACAUGCCAAAGUAGUUUACGUGCAGAUGACACUUAAUUUGCAGGUGUAUUUUUCAAGACAUCUGCUUAUUUGCCAGGUUUGAGAAUUUCCUCAAUUCGUUCUCUUUGCCUAUAUGAGAGUUUCCAACUCUCCUGGACCUAUGUUCAUAUGCUCCUAAUUCUUACAACUCCUAGGUAGCUAAAGAGACGGUGAGUAAAACGAACUUGUAAUACACUGUCUCUCAUAAAAUUUUAUUAAAUCUUAAGAUGUUGCACUAAGUUUUGUUUUUUGUAUUUUAACUUGCAUGUAUAACACUGGCCUAUGCAUGAAUGGUGACUUGGGGAAAAAAAUUAUAAAAAUGAAAGUAGUAAAAAUUUGAUUAGAUAUGAUACCUUAGAAGGAAAUUAAAAAAAAAAAUCAUAAAUUAAAUGAUUUUGCCUGAUAUGUGACCAAAAGUUCAGCAUUAUUGAUAGUUUUACUUAUGCUUGCAGUGCCUCUUAUUGCCUCCAUAACAACGUGUUUGUUGAUAUGUGACUUGCUCAAUUUUGUGUGUUAGCAUUGUCGCCAAUAUAUGUGAAUAAACUUAGGUGAUGUGGGUGGAUCUAAGUUAAUAGAGUGACAUCUCUCAUGUUAAAAAUGAUAGUUUUAGUCAUCUGUGAAACCUGCUAAAAUACAUUUUUUUAUUCCAAAAUUACUAAACAUUUUUUGUUUGUGAGGUUUUUUUGUGCUAACAGUCAUGCUGUUUUUAUCUUUGUCAGUACUGUAUUGUGUACAGAUGUCUUAAAAGGAAAGUAUAUUUGACUGGAAUAUAAAU